UUCCGGUGGUGACGCAUUUUAGGAAAAUCGAUGACAUAAAUUGCGAACAAGUUUUGAACAAUGGAAUCGAAGUACGACAAAGUUGCUUAUCCUGAGAAUGCCUACCUCCAUUCAGACAAUGAACAAGAGGAAUUUGGUACAGGGGUGUACCCCGGUGUCUCUAUUAUCUCCAGGAAAUACAAACACGAGGAUACGAUAAAGAUCGCUUGUUUCAAAGUAAAGCGAAAGUUCAGCCGAAUAGCUAUAGCGGGCGCUAUUCUGGCUCUUCUACUCUUGGUAAUAGCUAUUGUCAUAAUCAGCACUUCUGAAAGGAAAGGAUCAGAGGAAAAGAAACUACUACACAACACCAACAAGAAGGCUUACGGGCUAUUCUUCCAGCCUGAUGUCGGCGAUAAUCCCCUGAUUCACUUCAGUCCACAAAAUCAGAAAUCUAUGAAUCCAUACAUACAAAAUCUAGAUUUCCACAUGCAUGAUUACAAUGGUUACUCCUAUGACAAUGAUCCUUACAUGGAGUGUAAAAAUGGAGAAACUGUCCCUGAUGGCAAAGUUUGUGUACAGAAAAUAGAGACUUUUGGGUCACAGUGCACUCAUCUUGGUAACUAUGGAUAUUUACAAGGACGACCUUGUGUACUUCUGACAUUGAAAUUGAGACCUGAUGAUGUGCCAGAGAAUUUUCCUAAGGACUCUAAAGUAGGAAGACUGUUAAAUGACACAUGGUCCCUGAACCAUAUAGGGCUUAAGUGUGAUGGGGAGAGAGAAGAUGACAGAAAACAUAUAGGACCAGACCGGUGGUAUGCCCCUGUCCAUAACAAAGACCAUCCCACCAUGAGAGAAAAGCCAAUCCAAAAUUUCCCUGAAACUGGAUUCAACCUUACAUACUUCCCGCAGAAAAAUCCAGACAAGUACAUUGCUCCAUCUGUUAUGGUCCAGUUCAACACCAUAAUGACCAAUCAUGUCAUCCGGAUCAAAUGUGUGGCCUGGGUGGCAAAUCUGGUCCAGGGAGAAAAUCCGCAGGAAUCAGAAAUUUAUACAGCUAAAUUCCGAUUCUUAGUAAAAUAAACAGUCUAAGGAUUAUUUAAGAAAAAGGGAUAUUUUAGGGGGUUGUGUGAAUAUUAUACAAUAUAUUGAUGUAAAAUUACCUGGAAAUUCAGGAACAUGUAAAUGUUUACUAUUGGGUAGUUAUCUCCCUUCAUCUAUAUACAACCUGUAAUGUAAUAUUCCUGAAGUUUCUUAAAAUUAUAAAUUAUUUAAAAUUUGGCAAUAAAAAGAAUAAGCAUAUACCGGUUUAAGUGAAGGUUUGGCAAUAAAGAGAACUGAGUUAAAUAUAACUUACAAGUCCAAACUCCCUAAUAGCAAAUUUACUUAGAAACUGAGAAUCUGACUUACCCUCAAGAAUGGGAUUUUUUAUGUGAAAGCUUUUUAAAUUCUGAGGGUGCAUUUUCCUUUCAUUACUUUUUUUUAUGUAUAAAUGAUUAUCCUUUAAUUAGAAAUCCAUCUAACAAAUUGCCACUCAAAAGAUGCUCUUAACUUAAUUCUGAAGUUUUUUUAAGAUGACAGUAGAAUUGUUCUUUUAGCUUCAAUCAUUAUUUCUAUAUCUUAGAGAAAAUUAUAGUCAUUCUGUAGUUAUUUUAAUUCUACUGUAUUAUUUUUUUCUCAAAUACAUUGUCACAUAAUGACAUUUUGAAUUACUCUUUUUUUUUUAAAGUAGUACAUGGCAAUUUGAGCCCAUCUUGUGUACAUGUAACAGUUAAGGUAUGUUUGACCAGCUGUUAAAAAAGAUCUCUAUCUGGUCUAAGAAACCUCAUUUCAUUGUUAAGAGUAUAUAUUGUAUUUGGCAACAGAACUUCGGCCAUGUCUAAUGGAACACGUACACAUUUUAUGAUACCUCUUGUACAUGUGGUGCACUCAAAAGAAUUCCUACAAAUCUGUUUUCCAUUAUUACAGUUUGUAUUCAAGUCUGUAUUUGUAUCGAAGCUAUCAAGUCACUCGACUCUACAAAAAAAUGGUUGUAGCUUUUAAUUCGUAGUCUGAAGAUCAUGUGUAGAUAUAGUCAUGUGUUUUCACUUUCUGUGCAUCUUUGUGAAUUUGUCCACAAUUUUCUUUAAAUAGUGCAAUCUGUAUGUAGAGUUUUUGGAGCCCACAUGUGUGUAUUUUUAUAUAAAAUUGCAAUAUUUAAAUACAAAUAUCUGUAUAUUUUGAAUUAGUAUGUGUUAAAAUUCCAACCGUCCCUGUUUUUCACUGUGUAGAAAUAAAUAAAACACCAAUUUCUACCGUAGUUUAAAUUUUGGUAGAUUGCAUAGGUAUAAAACUGGGAUAUACCAUUAUUUUAGGUAACAAAAAUAAUAUUAUGGACAAAAAAUAGCAUUUUCGAAAUAGAUUUUUUUUCCUUUCCAAAGUUGUGUAAAAUGGUUUCAAGAAGUGCCUUUAUAUGAUGUAGGAAAUACAUAGUAUUUUUAUGGUAAUUUACAUAUGCUAGCUAGCUGCUUGCUCACAAAUAUGGAUUUUUAUGUAAUCAUGACAUUUAAAAAAAAAAGAA